AUGGGGCAUGUGUCCACAUCUGCAAAUUUUCAUGGGCAAGAGAGUUUUGUAGCAAAAAGUGUAGAUCCUGAUAAGAGACGGCAUCAACGCAGGGAAAAAUACUCGCUCAUGACGGAUGAACAGAGGGAAGAAUAUUUGCGCAAUAACCGCAAGUAUAAGCACUGCAGAAGGGAAAGCGGGACACUGUUUGACCACAACGAUACUAUACAUCAGCUUUACGCUUUUCCAAUGUACGGUAUCUAUCCCUCUGUUCUGCAACUUCAGCUUCACUUGGAAGAUAUGCAGCCUAUCACAUUCAAAGAGGGCGAUGAUCUAGACGACGUCGUCAAUCGGCCCUCUUCAACCAGUACAAUGCUCACUGAAUAUUUCAAGAUGAACGAAGUGGAUCCUUAUGCAAAGAACUUCUUGUACAAAGAGUUCCCAGAAUUCUACAAGUGGAUAAAGGGUGAAAGGUACUUCCUUAGAGUGCUCAUGAAUCAUGUGAGAGGUGCAACGUCAUUUCAGGAUUUGAAAAGUGUAAACGGCAGACUGUGCUUGAAUUUCAGAGAAUCGUGUGAGCAAAGAGGUCUCAUAGAGACCGACAAGUCACUUGAUGACUGCUUGACCGAGGCGGCUACAUUCCAAAUGCCGUAUGCUCUAAGAAGGCUUUUUGCAACAAUUCUGGUGUUCUGCGAGGUGACCCAAAUCCGAUCAUUGUGGGACAAGCACCUUGAGUCGAUGUCUGAGGACUACCAUCGUGACCAGUCCAAUCAGGCCGCAGUAGAGCAGAUGGUCCUUCGAGACAUUAGGGAUCUGGUGCAUUCCAUGGGAAAAGAUAUUAGCAUUUAUGGCCUGCCAGAUUUGGAUCCGGUGGAUGAUGACUGUUCCAAUGGAGAUUGCAGAGAGAUACAAGAGGAGCUGUCUGUCACUUUUGAUAAAGAAGACAUAAACAUGUUUACAACUCUUAACAAAGAGCAGCGUGCUGGUUUUGAUGACAUCCUCUCUCAUGUUGUCAACAAAAGAAGCCAUAUUUUCUUUGUUGAUGGUCCAGGUGGCACGGGAAAGACAUAUCUAUACAAAGCACUCCUUGCAAAGGUCCGUUCCAUGGGUCAAAUAGCUAUUGCUACAGCUACAUCUGGCAUAGCAUCAUCAAUCAUGCCUGGUGGGUGCACUGCCCAUUCCAGGUUUAAAAUUCCCAUUAAGCUCAUGGACAGCAGCACAUGCAAUUUCACCAAGCAGUGUGGUACAGCAAAGCUGCUCCGUAGGGCAUCUUUAAUAAUCUGGGACGAAGUCGCCAUGACGAAGCGCCAAACUGUUGAGGUUCUUGAUAGGACCCUACAGGACAUCAUGGGAUCUGCUUUGCCUUUUGGGGGGAAAGUCGUGGUGUUUGGAGGAGAUUUUAGGCAGGUACUUCCCGUUGUAACACGGCACAGACAUGAUCAGUGGUUCUCCAAUUACCUACUGAGAAUAGGCAAUGGAACAGAAGAGACGAUCGGCGGUGACUACGUGCAUCUUCCAGAUGACAUUGUUAUUCCUUACACUGCUACCGAAGAACCAGUGAACAAUCUUAUUGAACAUGUAUUCCCAUCGCUUCAUGAGAACGCCACAUCUGGACCCUACAUGAGUGCGCGUGCUAUUCUUUCAACCAAGAAUGAGCAUGUCGACGAUCUGAACAGGAAGUUGAUUGGCCGAUUUCCUGGUCAGGGAAAGGUAUUUUAUAGCUUUGACUCUGUCGAAGAUGAUCCAGGAAAUAGUUACCCACUAGACUAUCUUAACCACCUCACUCCCAAUGGCCUGCCCCCGCAUGAAUUGAAACUCAAAGUCAACUGUCCCGUCAUUCUUCUCCGGAAUCUCGAUCCGCACAAUGGGUUGUGCAACAGAACAAGAUUGAUGAUUAGAGCAUUCCAUGAUAAUGCAAUCGAUGCCGACAUUGUAGGUGGACAACAUGCUGGAUACAGAGUCUUCAUACCAAGGAUCCCUAUGUCGCCCUCGGAGGACCUUUCACUUCCUUUCAAGUUCAAGAGGAAACAGUUCCCCAUCCGGUUGAGUUUUGCAAUGACCAUCAACAAAGCCCAGGGGCAAACCAUUCCAAAUGUUGGUAUUUACCUCCCAGAGCCUGUAUUCUCGCAUGGCCAGCUAUAUGUCGCACUUUCAAGGGGUGUGUCGAGGUAG